AUGGUUCCUCAUAUUAUUCUGGGCGGGAUCGCGGGCUGUCUCUUUGCCUACUUCUCCUGUCGUGUGGUUGGAUUCGGGGGCAACAAGUUGGUCACGGAAUCUCUGAUGAAGGGCGUAGGAUACCACGAUGAGGCGAAUGUGACACUCGUGAUUGCUUACCCAGGUGACGAGACUAGGUAUUUUACCCCGUUGAUGGAGCUGCUGCGCAUGAAAUCGAGCGACCCGGAGAAGCGCUUAAAGAUGUCAGUGUUGACGCUAGCGCCAGUGAAAUACGACCCCGGCGCGUUACAGCGUAUCAUCGAAAUGCAGGGGAUAUGUCGCAAGUACAACAUGAACUGCGUCGUGGAAUAUCACCCGAUGAAUGACCAGGGAGCUGCGUUCUGGAAACCAAGAGUAUUGUGUGACCGCAUAGCCGAAUUUAUGGACGAAGUCAAUGCGUCACAUGUCUUCACGUUCGACAAACUCGGCGUUGAUGGGAACCGUGCUCGCAUCGCUCUCAAUCAAGCUGUCAUGGAGCUGUCGUCAAGGACGCCGUCCCGUCACGUUUGGUUGCUACACACUUAUGAAAAGGUGUAUAAUGCAUUGCCGCUGUUCGCAACUAUGAAGGCCGCAUUCACGAAGUUAGUUUGA